GGCCAACCCACCGCAGUUGACGUUUUUAUGAAGAAAUAUACGGACCUUAUGUUGUUUGUUGUUCAUAACAACGAGAACAAUUGACUUGGGAUUGACAAUGAACAAAGUGAUUCACAAAACAAACAACUUGGACAGUGUUGGCGAACAUCUGCUGACUAUUUUAUCUAACAUACACGAUUCCAGCUAUUGUCCCCAGACCGAGGACCCAAUCGAGAACUUCUUUAUUCUGACUAAUCAGCACUUAUUUAUGAUUUUCUCAUACUCCGUACUACUGGCUAUUUGGGUUCUGAUUGCUAGUAUUGGUUUGGCAGCGAAAUUUACGCAGCUUAGCGAUAACUUAUUCAAGUUCAAGGACAUGCGUAUGCCUGCGAUGUACUGGUCGACACGCCGCAAACAAUACCGGAACUUAUGUGAGCUCUGCACACGCAUUGACGGCGCCAUAUCGCUCAUCACGGUGAUAUCCUUCUCGAAUAAUUUGUAUUUCAUUUGUAUGCAAUUGCCACGUAGUCUUAAGUGAGUUUACACAUCCCUAGGUAAUGGUAUAUAAUUUAGUUCUCCUGGUGAGUAAUAGCCGGCAAUUUUAUGUCUCGUCUGCUUUUCUUUGUCUUAUUGUAGUAAAAUUCUCUUGCUCGCCCAUGUCGCGUACUUUUACUGCUGACCGUUACAUUGUAUCCGGCCUGGAGUAGUCCUGGUGUACUGAGGUGAAACGUUUCUUUGAGGAUAUUCGCACCGAUUUGGUUGCAUUAAGUGGCAUGAAAUUCUUUUAUCUCACACUGAAAUUGGUGCUGAGCAUAAGUACCGUACAGCCUUGCAUUUCGUCGUUAGUUUGUCCAUGGCACUUCGUCGGUACGCCUUUUCGUUAUUUUACACUCACACUGUGUUCCUGGCCCUGGCAUACGUGCCAU